AUGGGGAAUUCUCAAGGCAAGCCAGUGGUCUUGACUGACGAGGUGAAUCUCAACCACUUCCGUCUCCUCAGAGUGGUUGGCAAGGGAGCUUUUGGCAAGGUUCGCAUUGUUGAACGCAAGGACUCCGGUUUGACAUUUGCGCUCAAGUAUAUUCGCAAAGAUGAGGUGGUUCGAUCCGAAAGCGUGCGGAACAUCAUCCGGGAGCGUCGGAUGUUGGAGCAUCUCAACCACCCCUUUCUAUGCAAUCUGCGUUACAGCUUUCAAGAUGUCGAGUACCUCUACCUGGUCGUCGAUUUGAUGAAUGGUGGCGAUCUCCGCUUUCAUAUCCAACGCAAGGCCUUCACCGAGGAUGCUGUUCGGUUCUGGAUGGCCCAACUUGCAUGUGCUUUGAGAUACAUUCACAGCCAAGGCAUUGUGCACCGAGAUCUCAAGCCGGAUAAUGUAUUGCUAGAUUCCGACGGACAUGUACAUUUGGCCGAUUUCAAUGUCGCCUCGGAUUUCAAGCCAGGAAAGCCGCUCACAAGUAAAUCGGGAACAUUGGCAUACCUUGCACCAGAAGUGUUUAGAGGAUCGGGAUAUUACAGCGAAGUGGACUGGUGGUCACUGGGUGUUACGUUCUUUGAGUGUAUCUAUGGCAAACGACCGUUCGAAGGCAAGACCCACGAAGAAUUGGCCGAUGCUAUUGGGGCUGCCAACCCGCAUUAUUUCAUCACUAAACCACCCGUUUCGAUGCCCUGUCUACACGCAAUGACAUCUCUCAUCGAGAAGGACCGGCGGAAACGAAUCGGGGCAACUGGAUUCGAUACAUUUACCUCUCAUGCCUUCUUCCAACCCAUCAAUUUUGAGGCGCUGGAAAGAAAACAAAUCCCUCCCAUCUUUAUCCCAUCAAGCGAAAAGACGAAUUUCGAUGCCACUUAUGAUCUUGAGGAACUCCUUCUGGAAGAGGCACCGCUCGAGGCACGUGCGAGGAAGCAGAAGCCGAGGGCAGAGUUGCGGAAUGACGCAACAACAAAAGAAAUCAGAGAAGACGAAUUGCAUCGGAUGAUCGAGACCAUGUUCGAGCCAUUUGAUUAUACGCUUGCCACCUACGAUGUGAGUGCUGCGGCCGCAGUAGAGGGAACGGUCCCGGACGAAGAGCCUCAAUUGCACACGACACAGAACGAGUCGCAAUCGGAUGCCACGUCCCCUGAAGGGUCGCCACCACUUUCGCCGUCGCUCGCUCCACUGCCGCCACCACAAAGCCCGGCGGAGCAGUAUGCCGCACCAGAAGAAUUUCAUACGCCGGCAGGGCACGCGCAACAAGGUAACCGACCGAUGUCUUCUUCCAAGUCGUUUAGCCGUCCGAUUCCACCACAAAGACCAAUGGCAGCAACACGACAAUUGAGCAAAGGUGGAGGAGUGCAGAUGGUGUUGGAUGAACACGGAAGUUGGUCGAAUCUGGCCGAUCAAACACCGACGGUGGCACCGGAAAGUGGGGAUGUCAGUGGGAAGUAUGACAGGGGAAGUGGCAGCAUGCUUGGAUUCCUGAGUCGGAAGAAGGGCAGAGACCGAAGUCCGAAGCCGAAAGAGGCGGGUGUCCUAGGCAAGCUCGGAGCAAGGCACAUCCUCAGCUGA